CAAUCCCACUCAAGGGCAUUUCAACAACUACCGUGGACAUUGAGAGCGAGCUCUCGCCAUUCUCUGAACACUUUGUUGUCACCGUUAAUCGUGACGGCGACCUUUUUGAUGAUGACGGCUCACGUCUUGGCGAACGUGUCAUAGCUGUUAUGAUGCAUUUCGACAUACAAGAUGACAAACUUCUCAUAAACAACAUUCCUGUCAAUCUCAACUCGACAAGUCUGGAAAUAAUUCAGGCCGAAAUCGCAACUGGCGGCGGUAAGAAAAUCGAGGACAUCGAAAAGUCCUUCGACAUUGGACUUCUUACUGUCGAAGUCUCGACCGUAGUUGAGGCUAUGCCUAAGAAUGAUGCAAUGAAUAUUGACGUGUACCGCAUUACAAUCAGUGUCAGAAUCAUUGAAGUCGACGGAACUGAUGUUAUUCAGACCGAGGCCGUUGAGAAGAUAAUGGAGGUCAAGGUGCACAAUGUCUUGGAUGAUGACGACGAAGGCACUGAAGUUUUUGUCCGUUGA